AAAAACCAAUGACUCAAACUUAAAAUCCAUGCAGUAUAAUGCUGGGAGAGCAAUUUUAAGUCUUAAAGGAACCCCAGCCUAUGAGGCUAUUAUAGCAGACCUUGGUUGGUCUCCAAUUAAAUUUGUCAUCCUUAAAAGGCAAAUAGAAUACUUUUUGUAUGUAAAAUACCAUAAGCCUCAUUCGCUUAACGCAUUUCUCUUAUCCCAAAUGGAGAAGCGGAUGCAAUGUGGAACUAGAAAUCCUAGGAAUUAUGUACAUUUUAUGCAUAGCGCAUUGAUUAAGUUAGGUUUCUCAGGUGGGAGUCAAGAGCCAGAGGAAAAUAUUAGAAGAUUUUACUCAGAAAGAAUUCAUAAAAUAUCUAACGAUU